AUGUCGUCUUUCAGAACGCCCAAGGUGAGCCUAGAGCCCAGCUCGGCGUCCGGCCUGCGAACGCUGCCUGAAUUGGUCGACUUCCACGCCGAAAACAAUCCCAAGCAUCUAUUUUGUCUCCAGGCCGAAGUAAAUGAGGCUGGAACCGGUCACAACUUUGUGCCCCUGAGCUAUGAGACGCUGCAGCGCGCCAUCAUCUGCUGUCAGGCAUGGCUCAAGGAACAGACUCCCAGUCUUCACCCACCCAAAAUUGAGGCCGAUGGAAGCGUGAAGAAAUGCGCUCCCGUCGCGGUGCUCAUGGAGAGCCAUGUUGGCUUGGUCAUCUGCGUGCUCGCCUGUAUGGGCAUGGGCGUGCCGGUUGUCCUCCUGUCGGCCCGUCUAGGUGCGCCAUCAGCACGACAUCUCAUCCGCGAAACAGGCGCGAAACUUGCUCUUGUGUCCCCCCGCCUUAUACCUCUAGCUUCGGAGGCGGUGGGUGCUGAGUGCCAAGAUGAAAAAGAGAUGCCUGAUGAAAGCUUAACGAUGAUCCGCUCUGUAUCCGGCUAUGAGUCGUUUCUUGCAGAUGAGCCCGCAGAAGACCAGGAUCACACCCUUCGCGCGGCCGAUGCGGAUCACUAUGUUUCGGAAGAUGACCGCCAGGUUCUCAUCCUACACUCUUCAGGGACUUCCGGUCUCCCAAAACCAAUAUCUUGCUCUCAUAAAUACUUUCUGAGCUACGCCACAUGCCACAACUUCGAAUCGACCGCAGAGGCUCACGGGCUGACCGUUUCCACACUACCGUUCUUUCACGGAUUUGGCUUUGUAUCUGUCUGCCUGUCCCUCAAUAUCGGCAAGACAUUUUGCGCCCCUGUAUCUUCCACUAUCCCCAACGGUGCCAGCGUCGCAGCCCUUAUAGAGGACUCCCAAGCAAAGGCGCUAUUGACAGUACCAUCUAUCUUGGAGGAGAUUGAGGGCUUGCCAGAUGGGAAAGGACAUGACGUCCUUCGAAAGCUAGAUUACGCGGGCUUCGGUGGCGGCAGACCUAAAACCUCGGUCGGGGAAAGACUUGAAGGUUCGGGUGUGAGACUCGUCGGCCAGUACGGUGCGACGGAGACCGGUCCAAUGACACCCUUUUUUGUGCCUGGCAAGGGACACGACUGGCGUCGACUACGGCUGCGUGCUGAUAUACUCGGGCCGCUUCAAGUGAAGCUUGAACUCAUCGACGCAGAUGCAGAAGGGAGUGCACAGGCCGACUCCGAAGCUGCACGAUCUUACAGCUACAAGCUGAGCAUGAAGCCGUUUGGAUGGCAGGAGCGCUUCGAGCUACAGGAUAUAAUCGUAUCACGCACAGAAUGCGUUUCGGCUAAUGAGGUGGAACGGCUAGAUUUCGUGAUUGCGGGCCGCAAAGACGACUUGAUCUGUCUUGCCACCGGAGAGAAGGUGAGACCAACGAUAUUGGAAUCUCUGCUCAGACAGCAGGAUGAUGUUAGAGACGCAACUGCGUUCGGAGAAGGACAGUUCGAGCUCGGUGUCAUUGUAGAGCCUGUCAGACUCAUCGGGCCCGGCGAGAUGGACAACUUCAAGGCAUCGAUCUGGCCGGCGAUCGAGGAAGCUGGCCGUCGGAUGGAUGCUCAUGCAAGGAUCACGUCGCCUACCGCGAUUCUCGUCGUCGCUCCCGAAGCGCUCCCAAGGUCAGACAAAGGUACCGUUCUCCGGAGCGCAGUAUCAAGGAAGUUUGCCGAUGAUAUGGCGGCAGUCUACCGCGAUCUCGAGGCCAGCAUGGUUGCUCCACCAAUCGAUGUAUCCUCGCCCGCGUCCAGUAUCAGAGAUCUCGUUACCCAAAACGUCAUGGGGCUGAGAAACGUCAGUGAUUGGCAGGACGAUGAUGAUUUCUUCGCGCGUGGCAUGGACAGCCUUCAGGCAACGAGACUACGGAGACUGCUGACGGCUUCAUUGCGCGCAACCCAUGCCGCCGCUAAGCCUGGGACAGCCAACGUCCUCGCCUCUGGGAUGAUUAAAGACGAUAUCGUCUACCGCAACCCUUCUAUAAAUAGGCUGGUUGAGGCACUAUUUCCCAGUUCUUCGAAGACAAACGGGGUCAUAACCGAAGCAAAGCUUAUCGAACAGCUGGUGGACAAGUAUUCCAGCGGAGGCAAUCACCGAGAGCAGCAGAAAGCCGUGAUAUUGCUCACGGGCGGCACUGGCAGUCUCGGAUCUUUCUUCGUUGGGCGGCUCCUUACGGAUGAUAACGUGAGCAAUGUCAUUUGCUUGAAUAGACCUGGGAAAGGAAAUCCCACAGAGGCUCAGAAACGUGCGGUGACAUCUCGAAAUAUCUCUGUCGAUGACAACGCUUGGAAGAAGUUGGAAGUUCACGAGACAAACACUGCAGAUCAGUGGCUCGGCUUGCCAGAGGCCGAGUACCUGCGUCUCGCGGCUAGGGUAACUCACAUCGUACAUAUUGCGUGGCCCAUGAACUUCAAAAUGGGUCUACAGUCGUUUGAGACUUCAUUCUCAAGCUUGCGGAACCUCAUUCGACUGGCACGCCAAGCAAGAGUUCACCUCACACAGAAGCCAAAGCUGUUACUGAUAUCCUCCAUCUCUACGGUGGGGAACUACCCAUUGAUCAAGGGAGAAGCACUGAUUCCCGAGGCGUCCGUCGAGGAUCAAAGCUGGACGCUAGAUCUCGGUUAUGCCAAAGCCAAGCUUGUCUGCGAGAAAAUUAUUGAACGCACGGUACAGGACCAUCCCGAGAUCGAGGCGGCGGUGGUCAGAGUCGGCCAGAUUGCCGGCUCUGGCACCGGCUACUGGAACGCUUCUGAGCACUUUGUAGCCGUAUGUGCUUCUUCUCAAAAGCUGGGGAAAUUCCCCGACCUGCGUGGAACUAAAGGCCGUUCCGCCGGCCUGAACAUCGGGAAAUUGCUAGACCUUGUCGUGGCUGCCGGUUGA